AUGAAAGUCACAUGCUUCAUUACCUUGUUUUGGCCAUUCUCUAUACUACUCCUGUUUGACAAAAGCCAGGCCUCUGAAACAGACGUCAAAUGUAAUUUCACCAAAAGGAAUUAUUCCUUGAUUCCAGAGGAUAUCAGUAACAAUGUUACCAUCCUUGAUCUCAGUUACAAUCAGAUCACUCUGAAUGCUUCAGACAUCAGGGUGCUACAGAUGUAUUCUUUACUCACUGAGCUCUACUUGAUGGAGAAUAACAUUACUGUCAUAUAUAAUAAUAGUUUCAGUAAUCUCUCCAACCUAGAAAUUUUAAAUCUCUGUGGAAAUUCCAUCAGUGUAAUUGAACAGGGCUCAUUUGCUGGCUUAAAUGAAGUAAAACAGUUAUCUCUCUGCCGAAACAAAAUAUUACAACUGAAUCCCAGUACUUUUGUGCCUCUAAACAAUCUGAAAGUUCUGAAUCUUCACGGCAACCUGAUAAGCCAUUUUGAAGUACCACCACUACUUCAUCUGGAGUUACUAACCUUGGACGGAAAUCCGUGGAACUGCACCUGUAAUCUACUCGAGUUGCAGAACUGGCUGAACAAGUCUGAUGUGACAUUAGAAAAUGAGAGCAUCACCAUGUGUAACUAUCCAGAUGACCUAAAGUACUACAGCAUCAAGUCAGCACCCUUUACAACUGAAUGCCACUCUAAAUUUAUUUCCACUAUAACUGAAGAUCUUUAUAUUGAUUUUCAGUCCAUGAGGAAUUCAACUUCCAAUGGCUCUUUAAACAACUUAACACGGAACUCAGAACAUGAACCUCUUGGAAAAAGCUGGGCUCUCCUUGCUGGUGUUGUCCUCACUGUCCUGCUAACUUCGCUCCUCAUCUUUACUGCUAUCAAGUGUCCAGUGUGGUACAAUAUUCUGCUCAGUUACAAUCAUCACCGCCUGGAAGAGCAUGAAGUAGAACCCUAUGAAAAUGGUCUUCCUAGAAACCCAAGUUCUCUUUCACAAAUAACAGAUACAAACUCUGAAGACACCACAGUAAUAUUUGAACAGCUACAUUCAUUUGUGGUAGAUGAUGAUGGGUUUAUUGAAGACAGAUAUAUAGAUGUCAAUGAGGUACAUGAAGAAAAAUAA